CCCACACAGAGUCAUUUCACUAUCUACUUGCAUGGUGAUUGUUCAGUAGUCCCCGUAUUUAUUGUCCUUGAUGGCUUUGUUCUUGACUCUGUUCCCCGCUGUUAUCCGCUCUGUUCCGCCCCCGUUCCGCCCCGGAAUGCCCCAUAAAAUGCUCCAGUCGAUCUAUAAGUAUAGUAGCCAGACCUAGAAAUUGAGAUACUGCAAAAUCACCUUAAGAAUUCGACUCGUCUGCCCUCACUUGUGCCAAUACCUACUGAUUAGGGAGUAAUUGAGUUUGGGUGACAGGCAGCAACCACGUAUUCACUGGAACGGCAACCGCUUCGGACCCUCGGUUCCUUGACAGUCAGAUUUCCCUAGAUUUGGACCUUCUUCCUAGACACAAACUGUCACCUUCUAUCUGUCGGAAGCAGAACACACGACUGGUAGUGCCCAUGGCUACCAACGGAGAAGAAUCGAAGGAGUUAUGGCGACACUCCUCUCCACAUACCACUCAGAUCCAUGACUUCAUCAAGACUGUCAACAAGGAGCAUCUCCUGUCGCUGGAUUCAUACAACGAUCUCUGGGAGUGGAGCAUAGCAGAGCCAGCAAAGUUCUGGGAGCAGGUCUGGAAAUACACUGCCAUUGUGGCUCACCAGCCUUACAGCCGCGCCUUGAGUUCAGAGCAGCUUCUCUUUCCACGACCCAAAUUCUUCGACGGAAGCAAGCUGAACUUUGCUGAAAAUCUUCUUUACCCAGCCUCGUCUCCUGACGAGGAUGCGGUGGCUGUCAUUGCUGCCACGGAAUCGGAUCGUGAAUACGUGUCCUGGAAGGAGCUGCGAGAUCGGGUCAGAAAAUGUGCCAACGCGUUGAAAGAGGCAGGCUUGCAGGUGGGGGACCGCGUUGCUGGGUUUCUGGGAAACCAUACAAACACUGUCGUUGCGAUGCUCGCAACAACGUCAAUUGGUGCCUUCUGGACAGGUGUCUCUCCAGAUACCGGUGUACACGCCGUGUUGGAGCGCCUAAAGCAGAUUGAACCGAAGUUCUUGUUUGCCGACAAUGCAUCGCUGUAUAAUGGGAAAAUUCAUGGCGCAGAUGCGAAGCUGCGGGAGAUUGUUCCUGGUUUGCCCAAGCUCGAACUCCUGGUCGUGUUCCGCACCGUCGACUCUUAUGAAUUCCAGCUGGAAGAAGUAAAGCCGCUGCAAGGCAAGGCUGUUCCUUACGAUUCUUUUCUUGCGCAGGUUAAAGAUGCUGCAGCCCCUCUGGACUUCGCGAGUCUGGAGCCGGAUCAUCCAGUCUACAUACUAUAUUCCUCCGGCACAACGGGAGCACCGAAGCCAAUUGUACACGGUGCUCUGGGAACGCUUCUCCAACAUAAGAAAGAGCAUGUUCUUCACUGCGAUAUACGCCCCGGAGACCGAGUGUUCUACUUCACAACCACGACCUGGAUGAUGUGGCACUGGCUUGUUUCUGGCUUGGCCAGCGGCGCCACCAUUGUCCUCUACGAUGGCUCGCCAUUUCGACCGUUCGAUUCUGAAGGUGGCAAUGGGGAGAUGGCCAUGCCGCGUUUGAUAGAUGAACUACAGAUUAGUCACUUUGGUACAUCGGCCAAGUAUCUGUCCAUUUUGGAGCAGGCAUCUCUAAAUCCAACACAGCACCCUCAUCGGCCGGUGAACCUGCAGACAUUGAAAGCCAUCUACAGCACGGGUUCACCUUUAGCUCCGUCUACGUUUGAGUAUGUCUAUACAUCUAUCAAGGCAGACAUUAUGCUGGGCUCAAUUACCGGAGGAACCGAUAUCCUGUCGCUCUUCUGUGGCAGCUGCCCCAUUCUUCCCGUUUACAAGGGUGAAAUCCAGUGCCGCUGCUUGGGCAUGGCCGUUUCAGUCUACGAUUAUGCCGGCAACGACAUCAGCACCUCUGGCGAACCUGGCGACCUCGUCUGCACCAGACCUUUCCCCGCACAACCGGUGAUGUUCUGGCCUCCAGGUCCCAUAGGGGCGGAGAAAUAUCGCAAGAGCUACUUCGACGUGUUUGGUCCAUCAAUUUGGCACCACGGCGAUUUCGUGCGUGUGAAUCCCCAAACUGGAGGAGUAGCCAUGCUGGGUCGCAGUGACGGCGUCCUGAAACCGGCUGGAGUCCGUUUCGGAAGUGCAGAGAUUUACAACAUUCUGCUCAAACACUUCGCAGAAGAGGUGGAGGACUCUCUCUGCAUCGGAAGAAGACGUGAUGGGGUUGACACAGACGAGACAGUCGUUCUUUUUGUCAAAUUGCUGCCGCCUGGGGCGGCUUACGAGGUCAUAUCGGCGGAUCUUGCGGCUCGCAUUCAGGCGACAAUCCGUAAAGAGCUCAGUCCUCGCCACGUACCGGGAAUCGUGGCUGUAUGCCCUGAGAUUCCCGUGACGUCCAACGGUAAGAAGGUCGAGAAUGCGGUUAAACAGAUCCUAUGCGGGUUGAACAUCAAGAUCGGUGCGAGUGUUGCCAAUGCCUCUUGCCUGGACUGGUACCGCACCUGGGCGACAGCGAACUAAGUUGCCGUGUUGAGAAUUGCUAAUGGGUGGUAUGAGUUAUGUCUCAGCAAAGUAUACUGUAGGAGAACAUUUAAUGAUUAGAUUUUCUUGUCAA